CAGUGCGCGUUAGAAGCAACAUGGACGACCAAGGAAGACAGAAUUUACCAAAUUUGAAAAUAUGUGUAGAUAAUACCGAAGAAGGUGAAAUAUCCGACAGCGAUAGCUCGUUAGAGUCCGAAGUAGCAAUAGAGGUUGACGAAGUCGUGAAGACCGAUCAGACUGGGAAUGAUGGAGAGGUUGAAUUUAAUGUGAGAAUAUCGGAUGUUGGAACCGAAAACAAAACAAAACCGAAGACAGAGGUUUAUACAAAGAAAUAUGAAAAUAGAGAUGGAGAUUUUGUCACUGGAAUUGAUCUUACAUCAAAGGAAGCUUUGGAGAAGAAAGAAGAGCGUGCUCGAAGGUUUGGCAUUGAGGUGUCACAAAACCAGGGUGUGGAUGCAGACAUCAAGGCUCUCUACCAAAGUCUGGGCCUAAGGGAUGCAGACUUCAGCCAUGACGAGCGAGGAGUCAGACCAGAAGCUAUCCACGUCCGUGGAACUGAAGAGAUGAGCACUAAGGACAUAUUCCGUUACUUCCAGGAGUUCGCACCAGGGGGCGUGGAGUGGAUCGAUGAUUCCUCAUGUAACGUGGUCUGGGCCGACCCCACAACAGCAGCAAGGGCCUUGCUCAAACUGAGUCGAGGUCAAGAGCCCGCUUCGGCAGCGACAAGAGAUGGAAAAUCAAAGAGACAGAAAGAAGGGGAAGUAAAGACACCAGUGACAGACAAGGAGAAGGAUGAAGGGAAGGAAGGAGAGGAGCAAGAGAUGGAGGUAGACGAUGAGCUGGAUCUUCUCACAGACGGACAGGAAGAAACUGAAAAGAAAGAAAUGAAUAAAGAUGUUGCAGAAAAGAAGACUUCAGGAGCUGAUGAUGCGAAAAUAGACUCUGAUGAAGAUAUCUCAUCAAAGAGAAAGAACAAGAGGGCAGAGUCGACGGAGUCCUCAAAAGAGGAGGAGCAGGUUGACUACGACGAAUGGGGAAGCAUCAACACCAGGGACAGCAAACCCAAACCCAAGGAACAAGUGCCGUGGCCGCCUGGGAAAUGGAGGCUUGGUCUUAAUACACCUAAAGCUAAACACGUCUUCCUCCGCUUUGCCACGAAAGCUGAUAGGAAACUUCCUCGGGCAGAACGCAGAAGCAAGUACUACAGGAAAUAUGGGAAUCCCAAUUAUGGAGGUAUGAAGGGUCUCAUCAGUAACUCAAGAAAACAGAGAUUCCGUGCUAAGACAUUUGAGGAGGAGUUAGAAGAAGCCAGGGAUGCAAUAGAAAUUCAGCGAGAGGAGCGGGAGGCCAGAGAGAGGGGGAUCUCAGAUGUGGAAGAGGUGGAAGAGGAGAUAGAGCUUCCCAGAGUGUCCCCCUCAAGAGGAAGCGAGCGAACUCUGGUGGUGCAAGUGGGAGUGAGGAUGGGAUGGAUAUGGAGGCAGAGCUGCAGCAGCUUCUUGGGCCACCCGCUCGGAAACAGCGGUCCAUGAGGAUGUACGCUGACGAUGAGGAGGAGGGAGAGAAAAGCUAAGAGUCGACUUGGAAAGGGGAGUGGUGUCAUGACAGUUGUUGCCGGUGCUCGUAGCAGACCUGUUGGCAAAGUGACAGAUGCCCGAGAACUCAUCAAACGUAGUGCACUCAGAUCUCAGAUGAAGAUGGGCAAAGACAGGGAUGAUUCUCCAGAGUUAUUGAAGCGACCUCGAGGUGGGGAUCUCAGGUUGCGAGUAAUGGCCAGUCCUCUGGUCAGUGACAGUGAGAGUGAGGAGGAACAAGAUGGUUCAGAAGAGUCCGAGGAUGGAGAAGAGACGCCAAGGUCAAAUGUCAUGUCCCGUUUGGGUCCGGCAGGGAAGGCUAGCGGUGACAGUGAGGGGGAGAGUGAUGAUAGUGAUGGGGACUUGAGAGCAAGGCUCGGUGUUCACAGUUCCGUGGAACAUGUGAGGAGUGACCUGCGGUCAAGAUUAGGUGGUCGGAAAGGCCACAGUGACAACAGCAAAUAUCCUGCCAUGAGGAUUGAGGUGUUUGAAUGAUGCACAAGCAUGUCAGGAUUCUAUGUGAUCAUUUGUCUCUGGGUAGAACCAUCUUUAAUGAACAUCAUCUUCUGGAUUAAGUGAUGGAAUGUCCAGAUGGAUUAUGACAGAUAAGUCAUAUGAAGCUCAAUGUGGGAAGUAACAAGCUAUGAGCAUC